UCAAUUAGAAUCAGAGUUUUAUUUUUAGUUCAACCAUGUCAAAUUUAAGGAAGACAGUAUUAGGAGGACGAUCUUACAAAUUGAAUAGAUCGAGAGUUACUGCUAAUGAUUUCGCCCCAAUUACUUGGAAUAAUUAUUUUGAUUCUUAUAAGGAAGUCAAAGUAAAUGGAGAUUCCUUUCAUUGCUACAUUAAAGAUGGAAGUGGUCCUUUACUUGUCACCAUUCAUGGUGGUGGAUAUUCUGCUUUGACUUGGGCGCUAUUUGCUAGAGAUGUCUCCACAAAAAUUGACUGUCAGUUAUUAGCAAUUGAUUUGAGGGGACAUGGGAAGACUAAAACAGAUAAGGAAUACGAUUUAUCAUUGGAGCAAUUGUCUGAAGAUGUUCUCCAAGUCAUACAGUCUAUUUAUGCAGGAGCUGCAAUGCCAAAGAUAAUAUUGAUAGGUCAUAGUCUUGGAGGAGCUGUAGUAGUCGAAGUUGCUUCAAAAUUGGAAAACCUAGCUGGAGUUUGUGUUAUAGAUGUAGUUGAAGGGACUGCAUUAGAUUCUCUCUCUGGAAUGCAAAGCAUAUUGCGGGGACGUCCUAGUGGAUUCAAAAGCAUAUCUCAUGCUGUGCAAUGGGGUUUCCGUGGUGGAUCUACACAGAACCUGGAAGCAGCCAGAGUUUCAAUGCCCGGUCAAAUUAUAAAUGUAAAUAAUGGGCUGUUGGCUGCAGAUGAAAUUGAUUCUGAAGGUGUAGGAGAUGAGGCUGCUUCUAUUGAUUUUAAGCCAAUAAAAGCAGCAGAUUCAAUACAAGAGGAAACUGAAGAUGCUGAAGAAGGAGAUACAGCGUCGAUGAAGCCUCCAUUACCAGGAACUGCAGUUCGAUCGAGUUGUACCACUGACGAAAUCAAGUAUUCCUGGAGAAUUGAUUUAACUAAGACAGAGCAGCAUUGGCCUGGCUGGUUCAAAGGGCUCUCUCAGAAGUUCCUGAGUAUUAACGCUCCAAAAAUAUUGCUGCUUGCCAACAUAUAUGGCCUAGAUACUGCAUUAACUGUUGGUCAAAUGCAAGGAAAGUUUCAACUACAAGUUUUACCACGCUCUGGUCACGCGAUCCACGAGGAUCAGCCAGAACAGGUUGCUGAUAUUAUAGCCACUUUCUUAGUGCGACAGAAGUUGGCAAACAGUAGACAAGGCUUUGUUCCAAUAGUGCCUGGUUGUUAAAUAUAGCUUUAAUUCUUAAUAGCAUUUAUGACAGUUUCUAAAGUGUUCAAAGUAUUAUCUGUAAUGGUUUAGCUAACAAGUUAGGAAUUCUUCCAAAUCUUAAAUCUGCCAAUACAAAUUUGCACAGUGCCUCAACUCAGUUCUUACUCAACUCAAAGUGAUAUGUACAUAUAAAAGAUAUAUAAAUAAUAUUUAAUAUAUAUGUACGUGUAUAUGUACAUAUGCUGUUUUUAAUAUGAUUUGAUUCUGGCUAUGUACUUGUAGUUAUUAACAAUAAUAAACAACUUUAAUUUUGUUAGCAUUAAUUUCUUUAUUUUAUUAUACUGCAGUGAUUAAUCGCUUAAUGAACACUAUUGUACUAUUACUAGUUGAUAAAGUUUUCUUUAAUAUUAUGAGUUUAUUUUAAAGUAAAUGGACUAGGUUAUUGUGUAAUCUCGCGCUAGUUUCAAUUGGAAAGCGGGAAAUCCUAAUAUAAAGUAAUAUAGUGACUGUUUUUUAUGGCAAUAAUGAAAAUAAUACAAUAAAUCACAACCAUUCAGAAAAUAAGUUAGUAAAUGUUGGAGGAAAAUAAAACCGAAUUAUUUUGUA